GCGAGAAGAGCGCACGUCGCAGUGUGUCCGCCCGCGACCCGUACGCAACGCACCGGCCCGAGCCGGCCCCGCGAGUGUCUGUGACCCGCGCCUCUAGCAGCGAGCCAUGCGCCGCGACCACUGAGCCAACAGCACCAUGCCUCGCGUCAAACCCUCCUGCGUCCGCCGCGUCUCCAUCGGUGACAGUUCGGGGUCUUGUUCUGAGGAAGACGUAAGCAAUGUUAUGCCUGAAGAUGGCAGAGAUCGUCCAGAAACGCAUAUGUGUCCUCGAUGCCAGGAGCAAUUUGAGAACUUGCACGAUUUCUUAUUUCACAAGAGGCUUUGUGAUGAGAAAGCAAUUCAGAUGGGGGAAGAGCGUAUGCACUCUGAUCCGGAAGACAUGGUUGUUUCGGGGGACGAAGAAAUGGAUAGCCCUACAAAGAGACUAGAGCAGGUCAGAAGACACCGUCAAGAUGCUGAAAAUAAUAACAGCCUUGAAGAUGGGGAAGCUGAAGUGCCAGAGGCUGAUGUUCCUUCAGUUGGAUUACCUUUUCCUGUUGCUGGGCAUGUAACUCUAGAAGCUUUACAAAAUACAAAAGUUGCUGUAGCACAAUUUGCAGCAACAGCGAUGGCAAAUAACGCAAAUAAUGAAGCUGCAUUGCAUGAACUGGCAGUAUUACAAAGCACGUUAUUCACAUUGCAACACCAACAAGUAUUUCAACUACAAUUGAUUCGACAGUUGCAAACCCAGUUGUCAUUGACGAGAAGAAAAGAUGAUCAAAACAUAAGUCCGCCACCGAGUGAACAGGAACCAACUACUCCCGCCACACCAGUCCGAUCACCGUCGCCGCCGCGUCCGCCACGGGAGCCAUCCCCUGUUGAGCCCCUUCCUCCUACUAGCCAAAGCUUGCCAUCGACCCAUACACACAUAACACCUAAAAUGGAGCCGAUUUCCAUUCCUAAACCUCCAACCUCUUCUCCAUCUAUGAUGACACAUCCACUUUAUAGUUCCAUAUCAUCAUCGCUAGCAUCUGCAAUCAUCACCAACAAUGAUCCUCCGCCAUCGUUGAAUGAACCAAAUACACUCGAAAUGUUACAAAAGCGAGCUCAAGAAGUACUUGAUAAUGCAUCACAAGGCCUUCUAGCCAAUAAUCUAGCAGAUGAACUAGCUUUUCGAAAAUCAGGAAAAAUGUCACCAUAUGACGGAAAAAGUGGAGGAAGAAAUGAACCAUUUUUCAAGCAUAGAUGCAGAUAUUGUGGAAAAGUUUUUGGAAGCGAUUCAGCACUUCAAAUUCACAUUCGCUCGCAUACAGGUGAAAGACCUUUUAAAUGUAAUGUGUGUGGAUCUCGAUUUACAACAAAAGGAAACCUUAAAGUCCAUUUCCAGCGACACACUGCAAAGUUUCCUCACGUAAAAAUGAACCCUAAUCCAGUGCCGGAACAUUUAGAUAAAUAUCACCCACCCCUACUAGCACAGCUUUCGCCGGGACCUAUACCUGGAAUGCCACCACAUCCACUUCAGUUUAAUCCUGGUGCGCCUGCUCCAUUUCCGCCAAGUUUGCCAAUGUUUAGACCAUCGCAUCAUGACUUGCUUCCCCCUCGACCACUCAAUGAUAAACCUCAUCCACAACAUCCAUUAUUUGCAAUGCGAGAAGAACAAGACGCACCCGCUGACCUCAGUAAACCUUCGACGUAUAGUCCAACUCGACCUUCAUCUGAUUUAUUCAAGUCGGAACCGCAGGAUGAAGAGAGCCAGCGAGAUUCUAGUUUCGAAGAAACAGACCGAAUAUCUCCUAAGCGAGAAAUUGAUGAGAACGAGCCCGUGCAGGAGCCCGAACCCGACCGAUAUCCUUCAACUUCACCGUAUGACGAAUGCAGUAUGGAUUCCAAAUAUAGUAAUGAAGAUCAAAUUGGGAGAGAAAGCCCGCAUAUGAAGCCAGAUCCAGAUCAGCCGGAGAAUCUAUCAAGUUCGGAGAGCGGCCGCAGCCCGCGCGCGUCGCCGUCGCUGUCUCCGGCGGCGCUGUCGUCGCCGCGACGGGCGCAGCACUCUCCGCUGCCGUCUCCGCCCGCGGCCGCGCCCGCUCCACUGGCCGCACUCGGGGCACUCGGCGGGUCUCCAUUCAGCCCGCUAGGACUCGCCUUUCCUCCCGCAGUGCGCGGCAACACCACGUGUACCAUCUGCUACAAAACGUUCGCUUGCAACUCUGCGCUGGAAAUUCACUACCGAAGUCACACCAAAGAGCGUCCCUUUAAGUGCACUGUCUGCGACCGAGGCUUCUCUACGAAGAGCAGUGGCGGCGGUUGCCAAUGCGACAGGCGCGCUCGCUUACCUCGCCCGCCGCACGCCACUGCUUUGGAUCUCUGGAACGCCUUCGUCUACCCGGGAAAUAUGAAGCAACACAUGUUGACACAUAAGAUAAGGGAUAUGCCUCCGAACUUUGAUAAGAGCUCGGGUCUCUCGGGUCCGGGGAGCGAAGAUGGGAGAGAAGGCAGUCCUGAGCGGCGUUCGUCGCCAGACAAGUUGGAUCUGAAACGUUCGCCGUCGGCACUUCCACCCUCGAUCAUGAAUCAUCCACCUCCUAUUGAUAUGCCACCGCUCCCAAAGCGACCUUCUGUUCCCAGUGCGCCGGUACAUCAACCCCAGUCUGCUUCCUCCAAACAUCUGUGCGGGGUCUGCCGAAAGAACUUCUCCUCGUCUUCGGCUCUUCAAAUCCACAUGCGAACCCACACCGGAGACAAACCCUUCCGAUGCGCUGUCUGCCAAAAAGCAUUCACAACCAAAGGCAACCUUAAGGUCCAUAUGGGUACACACAUGUGGAGUGGUGGGGCCUCCAGACGAGGUCGCCGCAUGUCUCUGGAGCUGCCCCCGCGUCCGUUGCAUGAACCCCAUGAACUGCUGCGACGACCUGACCUGUUCUAUCCCUACCUUCCGGCGCCAUUUCUGAACGGCAUGCAACAAAAGCUGAACGAAAUAUCGGUUAUCCAACAAAGUGCCAGCCAGAACGGCGUUGCUGGCAAGUUCCCUGGGCUACUAGGCUUCGGUGCAUUCGGCGUUGGUAGACCUGGGGCCACGUCACCUCUGGAACGGCCGCCGUCACUGGAGGGUGAUGAGAGACAAGCUGCGAUGCGGGAACUAGCUGAACGAGGCAGAGAGCUUGCAGAGAGAAGCCGACAGAUGCGUGAGGAGAGUGAGCAUUAUCGUUCACCGCCUGCGCACUCGCAACUGCCCCCUCCUUCGGCGCAACCCUCGCCGCCCUCGCAGCAUCACCCACACCCACACCCACUGGCUUCGCUACCACCACCAGCAAGGACUGAAGGACUCACUGUCUAACACAGGCGACUCAUGAAUCGCUAUUCAAACGUGAAUUAAGUACGUUUCAUGAUGACAAAUUGAUGAAUGUUCCUAAAUCAUCUCCAGGAAUUUGGAGGGUACUUUCGAACAUUUUUUGAAAAAGUAACUGGAAGCGUUACAGGAUGAAAUCUUCAUGUAGUAGAACUUAUGGGUGUACAAAGAUAAUAUAUAGUAUAGUAAUCAAGUGAGGGACUGAAGAUGAAUAGUGUUGUAGUAUAGUGAGUUGGCGCGUUAGCUUAUCGAUAGCAGAUAUCGAGUUAUUCCAAGAGUUAUUACGCCUAGUAUUUUAAGUAAAUUAUGCACGAGUAUGGGCCUGGGGCAAUCCGGGGCUCGUGAGAGUCCCACUAUUACGUCAUUACUCUGUGAUAGUGCACAUAGAGGCUGUGUCGUAUGCACGGGAAGAGGCAGACAGCUAUCAAACAUAUUGGAUGCAGUCAAUUGUGCUUAACAUCAAAAGUAAUUAUAAAUUAUCCCAAAAAUUAAUUAAAUCCAUAAAUAUAUAUCGUAAAUUGUAAAUAAAAUGUAUAAUAUUAGUAGAAGUGUAAGUAAAUUACUAGUGAAUUAUUAUAAUUAUGCUACAUCUAUGUAAUGUCUCGAAUGGUAUGCGCUACUAUGCAAGAUUUUGUUAAAUACCACAUUCCAAAGUGAAGAGAUUCCUUAGAAAAGCGUGUAUCAAUUAUUCGUUUAUACCCUAAAAAGUAUUUAUGGGUAACUAUACCUAGCUACUGCAAAAUAUUUAUAAGAAUCUCAUUUGGCAACGAAAUUUACUCUAUAUAAGUUAUGGUUGAUGCAUAAUAUUACAAUGUAUUUUACAUUAAUAAUUUAUUAUCGCUCUAAGUACUCAAUUAUAAUAAUAAUUAAUUAUUAUAACAAUGGUUGAUGACAUUUUCAUAUCAUGUAAAUUAAAAACUAUUUGCAUUUGAGGUCUACAUAGAUUUAGGUACCUAAGUGUGUAGAGUCAUAGUUUUAAUUGUAACAUUGCUUUAGAAUAUUUCAACAUAUCUUUGUAAAAUACGACUGGUAAUUCAACCUUACCCUUUUUGUUAAUUACAGACUGAUCUAUUUAUAUAUGUACCCUACUUAAUAUUUCUGAAAGUGCAUUUCGAUAUCAAAAUAUUUAAAUUUAUACACGUUAUGUUGGAAUGUAUUAUAUAUAAAUUUUUUUGUAUAAAAUAUGUUGAGUUCCGCUUAGUAAAUUAUAUCUUCUAAAUGUUAAUCAUGCAAUAUUUUUGGCUCGGGUUAAAUGGCACGACAUUUUUGAAGAGCUGAUAUAUUGAGAAAUACGCGCACGAUAACCACUCCCAUGUGUAAAUUCAUUCCAAAUUUUAUUAUAAAUGAAAAGAACAUUUAAUAGCUUAGUGAAAGAUGAUACUAGAUAAUUCAAUUUGUAUGCUGGUCCAACAUCGAUUCCUGUUUUUGUGACAUCAAAUAAAUCCAAUGCGUUGCAUAAAAGUAUUACAAGUUAUUUGUUAUAAGUCAGUCACUCCGUAACCGAUUAUUUCUAAUAUAGAUCAAGGGCUCUUUAUAAAAAUUUGCUGUGGACCCCGCGCUUAGGCACUGAGACCUAAUCUGAUCGGAUAUUGGCUGUAGAGAUGAUAUAAGGACGCCAGUUGUAGUCUUUCUUUGGAUCUGAACAAGGCUGGACACAAAUUGUCUUGUCACCUACUGUUAUGUUGCCGGUUAACGGCACGUUCAGUCACUGUCGACUCGGGCGAUUACAUAUUCGAGAGUGACUGCUGAAUCUCAUUCAAGACCAAAAAAUCAAUUUGAUAUGUUUUAAAGUGAUAAACCCUUCUGGGAUUAACACAAAUAAAGUGUAAACACAAUUUUAUGAACGAUGCGGGACUCGAAACCCGCGACCUCACGAGUUCCGUGCGAGCGCUCUUUCCAACAGAGCCACUCGAUCGAGUGACGUAUGGUUGAUAAAAUCUUGUAUUCUUUGCUCAGGUUGUGGCUUCAUCUACAGGAUCUACUUUACAGUUGAUACCUUUCAACCCCAAUAUUUCUAUAUUAGGAAAUUGACAUGAGAUGUCGCUCUAGCAAAUCUGAACAAUUUGUUAUGUGUUUAAGUGAUUAAUCCCAGAAGUGAGGGUUAUCACUGUAUUUUAUUUUUUCAGUUUUAUUUGUGCAACUGAAAAAGUAAUAGUAGAAAUACAAAAUGUCAGAAAAUUCAAAAAUCCCGAGCCAUUUACCCGUAGAUACUAAUAGAAUCGAAGUAAAGCUUGCGAGGCGAUAGGUCUCCGGAACAGUUUAGUUGUCUAGAAUAAAUAAUCUCAUAGCACCUACGACUUAAUUUUCAUGUUGCAGAUAGAUAGAGUAGUGAUAGACGCUAUAUGAAUAUGAUGUUUCAUGUCCAUGUUGAUAUAACUAAUCAAUAAUAUUGUAAAUUAUUAAAUGUUUAUGUAAAUGUCCAAAAAGUAUUCAAAUUAUUUAAAAAAAAAACAUUUAUAAUACUGA